UGUGAGCGUGGUGAAUUAUGUGACAAAUGUUUAAAAUCGCAUUGUUUAUUUCGUCAGUAAAAUGCGGUUUAGAAUAUAUUUAAUAUGUACGAUAAAAUGGAGGAUGUUAUUGAAAUGUGUUUAGAGGAAAAUGCAAAUGAAAUAAAAGGCAGCAAACGAAAAGUCUCAACUUGUCACGAUGUAAUUAAAGUACAAAAAUUGGAUGAAACAAUAGUUGCAUCAAAAUCCAAAGAUGAUGGACAGUCUGAGCAAGAACCUUCAGGAUUUAAGAACAAUCAUCUGAAUGCACUUGUAAGUAAAAGUCCUAAAAAACGACUGGAAAUCUCAAAUACAAAAAAUGUAGCAUACAAAGAUGCAAAUAAAAAGUUCAUUUACGGAAAUUACACAAACUAUUACGGCUAUCGCAAUAACGCAACUUUUGAUCGACGUCUAGCAGUUUUUCAAAACGAUAGUCAUUUAUUUACUAAUAAAACAGUAUUGGAUAUUGGAUGCAAUAGUGGCUUCAUAACAACAAAAGUUGCAGAAUUAUUUAACGUUAAGAGUAUUGUUGGACUUGACAUUGACCGAAGUCUCAUAAACAAAGCAAUUAAGAAUAUUGUGAAAAAGAAAAAUUAUGCUGGAACUAAACAAAACGCAGUCAAGAGACAAGACUUUCCGUUUAAUGUACACUUCCUGCAUGGCAAUUACGUGCUGAGGGACGAUAUAUUGCUAGAAAUUGAAAAACAACAAUUUGAUGUGAUAUUAUGCCUUUCGGUUACGAAAUGGAUUCAGUUAAACUUCGGUGAUGCCGGCUUAAAGCAAGCUUUCCGACGUAUGUUUCUACAACUACAUAGUGGCGGUAAAUUAAUAUUGGAAGCGCAAACCUUUAAGAAUUACGCUAAACGACAAAGCUUAAGUGAAGAAAUUGCGUCAAAUUAUAAAAGUAUAAAAUUCUUUCCUAAACAAUUUACUGACUAUUUGCUUAGCGAAGAGGUGGGUUUCAAUUAUAUGGAAUUGAUGGGCGUACCUGACGAUUGUACCGCGGGCUUCAAAAGACCAAUACAGAUAUUUACAAAAUUAUAAUUUAGGCAGAGCUACUAUAAUAAUACAUUUAGUAUUUUUAAAUAAAUUGUUUAUUUUUU